AUGCGACGAUUUGUAAGAAUACUGGUUGUCGGUGACGAGGGUGUUGGAAAGAGUACUUUGAUUACGUCGCUUAUCAGGGAAACCUUUGUAGCUAAUAUUCAACACAUUGUUCCUGAAGUGACAAUUCCCCCACAAGUCACUCCUGAGAAUGUGACUACUCACAUAGUGGAUUCGUCAGCUCGCCCCGAGUAUCGUGAGCAAUUGGAGGCCGAAAUUAGGAAAGCACAUGUGCCUGUUGUGCUAGUUGGUAAUAAGAUUGAUCUACGAGAGGAUCAUGACGCUAGUUCAUCAGUUGAAGAAGAAAUAGUACCAAUAAUGAGCGAUUUCAAGGAAGUAGAAACAUGCGUGGAAUGUUCAGCAAAGUUACCAAUGAAUGUGUCCGAAGUCUUUUAUUUUGCUCAAAAGGCAGUUCUACACCCGACAGCACCGCUGUAUGAUUCUCGGGCACAUGUAUUGAAGCCUGCUUGUAUUGAAGCUUUAAAGAGAAUCUUCAAUCUCUGUGAUGCUGAUAAAGAUAAUGUGCUAAACGACGACGAAUUGAACGAAUUUCAGCGUAAAUGUUUUAAUGCGCCUUUGCAACAACAAGAACUCGAGGGUGUAAAAGAAGUAGUAAAAGAUAACGAACCAGAUGGUGUCAACAUUGUUGGGCUGACAGAAAAAGGAUUCUUGUUCCUCCAUACACUCUUUAUACAACGGGGGCGCCUAGAGACAACAUGGACUGUCCUGCGGAAGUUUGGUUACGGUGAUGACCUGACUUUGAGGGAAGACUUCUUAUACCCGCGACUCGACGUGCCACCAGAUUGCUCGGCAGAAUUAAGUCCAAAUGGUUAUCAAUUCUUCAUUGACAUUUUUCAAGUAUUUGAUAAGGAUAAAGAUGGGGCACUAAAAGAUGAUGAAUUGGAGCAUCUGUUCAGCACUGCACCGGAAAAUCCUUGGCUUAACACUGAAUUUCCACAUACGACAAUUACAAACGAAGCGGGUGCUGUAACAUUGCAAGGCUGGUUAGCUCAAUGGAGUAAUGCCAAUCUCGUCGGCUUAACUUUUGUGCUCGUUAUUCAUAACCAUAUUGUAAUAAGCAUGACAACAUUAUUAGAUUACAAAAAGGCAUUGGCAUAUCUGGCUUAUUUGGGUUUCGAAGGAGAUACAAGAACCGCAUUAAAGAUUACACGACCAAAGAAGAUCGAGAGAAGGAAGAACAAUAUAACUCGAAAUGUGUUUCUGGUAUACGUAUUUGGAGCUGCAGGUUCAGGGAAGACUUCGCUUUUACGGGCGUUUGUCAAUAAGCCAUUUACAGAUGGGUAUACUCCGACUUCAAGAAAAUUGAAUGCUGUUAAUUCUGUUGAAAUAGAAGGUGCAGAAAAGUACUUAGUGGUAGGUGCUAAACUCACACCAAAUGCACAUCAGCAAAGAGCAAUGUUCUUGCUUCAGGAAUUCGGGUCCAAAUACGAGGCAGAGAUACUUCAAAAUAAACGAAAGUUAGAAGCAUCUGAUUUGUUAUGUUUCGUAUAUGACUCCAGCGAUGCUAAUUCAUUCUCAUAUAUAGCCGAUCUUCGGAAACGACACGACUUGGAUCAUCUGCCGACAAUAAUUGUGGCGACGAAAAGUGACUUGGAUUUAGUCCAACAACGUCACGAAGUCCAGCCAGAUGUCUAUUGUCGCAACUUAGGUCUCAACACUCCAAUUAGCGUGUCCGUUAAAGAGCGGCAGACCGCAGAUUUAUGGAUUCUACAAACGAGUAUUGCAAUGCAUCCAGCUAAUGCAACCCCUGGGCUGUCGGACUCUUCCCAUGGCUCAUCACGUGUAAAACGGUAUCUUACUGCUACAGCAAUAGUUGGAGCUAUACUUGGAGCGGCAUUUGUGGGAUUUAAAUUGUAUCUUCACCAUCGGGGAUUGGGGCAUAGUGCGACAAAGUAA